AUGUCAAAAUUAAUACCCAUAUCAGACGACGAAUUUAACCUAAUGAAAAAUACAGUGAUACCACUGAACGGGCUUUCAAUAACAUCAAGUCUCCUCGUGGUCGUUAUUUAUCUACUAAUGUACAAAUAUUAUCCGGCGCUGGCGGAUCGUGUGUCGUUGAGAUUGGGUGUAGCAACAAGUGUCGCAGACUCGAUGUAUGCUUUUAUUCAGUUGUUGCUUUUCUCGGUAAACCACAUAGGAUUUUGGUGUAGCUUAUCGGCCUGGUCAUUUGUGUUUACGAGCCUGCUGGCAAAUCUUCAAAUAAUUUUUCUGCACGAAUACAAAGGACACCGAAACUUCGAAAAGUAUUAUUUCAUUGGGGCAAUAUUUUUCGCGAACUUGAUCUCCUUAUUACCACUGAUUCAAUCGAUGUACGGAUACGACGAACCAGAACAGUUAUGCUGGUACCGGGAUUCCGGCUCACGAAUAAACAUCAUAUGGCAAUGGACCACACUAUUCGGAUGGCUCGAGCUUUCAGCAAUCUAUUGUGCGAUAAUAUUCAUCGCAGUACUAUUGAAAGCAAAAGCACUACAGAAAGACAUAAAAAGCGGAGAAACUUACAAAAGCACUAUGAACUAUUUACAAGAUCCCGAAUUCGGCGAAACAUACAGUAACCUACAUCAGCAUCUUGAUCAUGGUCAUGUAAGAAAACACCAAACGAAGCAAAUAAAGACAUUCAGUCUUGUUUCGAUGAUCGUCAGAAAAAUUUCCUGGUACCCUGUUGUGCCGUUGAUUACUCAGGCACCGAAUUUUCUCGUGGAGACUUUUGCGUAUAGUACACAGCGAAUAUCAUUUACGUUAUUGUUGUUGACUACGAUGUUUGCUGCUACUCAAGGAUUUCUCAACGCAUUAGUUUUCGCAAAUGAUAUCGCUGUUGGACGUGGAUUUCUAGCAUUCAAAAUAUAUUUAUGGAAAAAAUACGUGGAAGAAUAUGAAACGCGGUAUCCCCACAGAUCACAGAACAAAAAACAUAAAAACAAAGAUUCAGCAAGAUCGAAUGAAGAACACCAUCAGCCAAAGACUACAAAAGAUGUAAUUAUCCCCGAAAUUGUAAUUGAAGAGUCUCCAACAGAUCUAACGAAACUAAAAGAUAAAAACCUAAUUCGGAUGUGGGAACCAACUUUUCUUGAACACAUUCAAUAUCAAUUUAUAAGCAAACUCAUAAAAGUGUCUAAAGAGACAUUACAAUCUGACAGUCAUCAAGAAUCCAAUGACAACCAGGCAGAAGGAACUGAGAGUAUAAUUGACUAUUAUUAUUCAAAUACAACAGUACAUAUCAACGACAAUGACAAUUUAGCACUGUCAACAUCCUCACUAAAAAGUAUUAGUUCAAAAUUCGGAAGUUUACAAGAGAAAGAAAAACUGCCUGUAUCUGAACCACCAUCAAAAUUUAUCUCUCAUUACAAACGACCUAUAAAGACACGUGCUCUUUUAACACAUUUAUCCGUUCCUUCUUCAUCCUCUUCAUCUGUUUCUUCAAAAAUCAUGCCAAAAGACCAACGGGCAACCGGGAUGCCGUCGUCGUCGUCGAGCAAUACGCCGCCAUAUUGGAGCGAAGAUGAUGAUAAAGUAGAAGAUUACUCUGAUAUAAAAGAAUCGGAAUAUGUGUCUGGAGAUGACGAAGAUCGUAAUUCAACCUCUGGGUCGCUGAUUUCCUUGACGUUCGUAAUGUAA